GUCAAUUUCCCAUCGACCAGCCAGCCAGUGCCAGUGCAAGUGAGAAGAAUAACGAUUGCUACAUCUCAGAAAAUAGUUUAAUUUUACUGCUUAAACUCCCUCAAACCGCAAUUAUUCCGGUUAAAAAUAGUGCCCGAUCGGUUCGGUAGUGUGUUCGAGAUAAAAUCUCACCUGUCUAGCGACGCAAAAGCAGUGAAUCCGUUUUGAAGGUGAAAGUCAACGACAAAGAAAAAAUUCCCAUGUCAGGUCGUUUUCGCCUUUGGUGGGGCAUACGAACGAAAACAUUUCCUGUUUUAAUCGCAUUGGAUUAGCUGCGUUGCAUUGCUCGAGAGUGUAUGGACGAACAGUGAAGUUCGAUUGCUUUGGCGGAUACCAUUCGUAGCAGCAAUCGCCUGAAAUGACACAUUAGCAACGUACUCCGGAAACAGUAUGGACUCCAAGAUGUCCUCGUUGGCAAUUGGAAUCGAUUUCGGGACCAGCUUUUCCAGUGUCGGAGUGUACCGGAGCGGCAGAUUCGAAAUCAUUGCUAGCGGCUCUGGAUGUCACCGGAUACCGUCGUGUGUGGCCUUUACCGAGAAAACACGGCUGGCGGGCGAAGAUGCGCUGGUGCAGUUUGAGCGGGACCCGGCGAAUGCCGUAGUGGAAGUGAAGCGAACGUUGGGUCAUCGACAAAAGGACAACAAACUGCAGGUUCAGUUCAAGGGCGAAACUAAGGGCUACUAUCCGGAGGAAAUAUGUGGUGUUGUGUUGGGUCAUUUGAAAAGCAUGGUCGAACGAAAGUUUGGUCAGAAGGUUGGCUCGGCCGUGAUCGCAGUUCCGGCGGGAUUUACAGAUGGUCAACGGCAAGCCAUGCUUGAUUCGGCGGCUAUCGCAGGAAUCUCGGUGCUAAGGUUAAUCAACGAACCAACAGCGGCGGCCAUUUCCGUUGGUAUCAACAAGAAAGUGAUUGGGGAACAGUUUGUUCUGGUUUGCUCGAUUGGUGGAGGAUAUCUGGAUGUUUCGAUUUUGACAAUUUACAACGGUGUGUUUGAGGUGAAGGCUACAUCUGGUGAACAGCUUGGUGGUUCGGAGUUUGACGAUCGUUUAGUGGCAUAUUUUUCGAAAGAAUUUUUGGAAAAACAUUCUACGGAUAUCUCAACCAAUAAAGAAGGCCUGAGGAAACUACGUGGAGCAUGUGAACAGGCAAAGAGAACUCUUUCGUACACUAAUCGAGCGGCAAUCGAAAUCGAAGAUCUGUUCGAUGGCCAAGCCUUCAAUUCUUCCCUUAGUCGGGAGCAGUUCGAGGAACUGAAUCGGGACUUGUUCGAUAAGGUGAUGCUACAUGUGGAAACUGCUCUUCGUCGCGCACGCAAGGAUCGUUUCGCUAUUCAUGAGAUUAUGCUGGUGGGAGAAUCCUCUCGAAUACCUAAAGUGCAAGUGAUGCUCAGUGAAUUUUUCGAUCGACGCUCGCUGAGCAGUUCGAUUAAUUCCGACGAAGCGGUGGUCGUGGGAAGUGCGAUCGCAGCGGCCAUUCUGAGUGGAGAGAAAUCACCGGAGAUUCAGGACAUUCUGUGGUUGGAUCUUGUGCCUCGGUCGAUCGCGUUGAUAGGGGAAAGUUGCGCUGAUUGCGCACCGAGGAUACUCAUUAGCAGAAACUCGACGGUUCCGCUAAAAGUGAAACAUCGAGUGAAAAACUUUCGAGAGGUGCAACUGCUGUACGAGGGGGAGAGUGCCAUUGUUAGUGAUAACAUUUUACUGGGGAAGCUGCUGAUUGAGGGAACUUUCGGUGAUAUUGAAGACGUAGGGUUGCUGUUCAGUAUUGAUACUAACGGAGUUUUGCAUGCAGUUGUCGAAGGAAAUAUUGAGCUGAAAGCUACUUUGAAAAAGGAACGCCUGGAGCGAUACGAAAUAGACAGGAUAGUUUACGAACAUAAGAAAGUGAUUUUAGAAGCUGAAAAGCAUGAGGAAGAUGCUAAGGAGAAAGAGGUGGAGAGACAAAGGAUUACACUCCAGAAAACGUUGGAUCUGGACGAGAAAGCGGGGUCAUGGGAUCGGUUCAGUGAGUGGCUGCACUGUAUUUGUAUAGUAACAUUUGACCUCGAGUUGGGACAGGCAAUGGAAAUGAUCUAUCCAAAGCAUGUUACCUUAAGCGAGCAGGAAAAAAUGAAUAUUUGCUAUUUAGCAUUUCCGGAUUCCAACUCUGGCUGCAUGGGAGACUCGCAGUUUCACAUUAGGCUGCGUGUAUCGCCUGGUUCAGAAUCUUCAGCUCUUGGAGCAGAACAUCGAGAGUUCAAUUAUCACUGUCUACCGGUGCAUAAGGCAGAUCCGGGCCACUUCUGGGGAUUUGUAUAUUUUCGUCAGAUUAAAGAUGCCUCGCUGAAGCGGGGAUAUUUUCAGAAAAGCUUAGUGUUGCUCACCCGGCUCCCGUUUAUCAAUCUAUUUUACGAGAUAUGCGCGUUGAUUGCUCCGUCGUUUUUUUCCACUGGUGAACCCACACUGGAAACGGUGUGCGAUAACAUCUGCCAUUGGCCAUCGAUUAUGGCGGGCGAAAAUCUGGCACUACAUCUUCUGGGAAGCAUCUACGAAAUAUCCAUUCCAAAGCAGAACUGUAAGGCCACGGCAAGUGAAAAGAUCAAACCAGAGACGGCCAUCACCGCGAGUCCCCAAACGCAGAUAAUAGCUUCCAUCCAUGAAAUCGACAUUUUUAAAAGUCUCCAAUUCUUCCUGCCUCAUAUCCAUCUACUGUGGGAGCUGGUUUUGAUAGCAGAACCCAUCGUAGUAACCGGAACCUCGCCCACCGACUGCGCCCACAUGGUACAAUCACUGAUGAGUUUAAUUAACCCGCUUUCGUACUGCGCCGAAAGUCGUCCCUACUUUACGAUUCACGAUACCGAGUUUAAAGAAUUCACCCAGAACAAAAAUGGUCACCCGUCAAUUAUCCUCGGAGUCACGAAUCCCUUCUUCGCCAAAACGCUUCAGCACUGGCCGCACACGAUUCGUCUGCAGGACAGUGUCGAAAGUCAGCUGCAGCAGCAGAAGCAGAAACAAUCGAUAAUCUCCGCCGGUAAUGCCGUUGGCGAAAUUGGUCCCACCGCGAGCUCGGAAACAGCCGCAGCCCUGUCGAAACUGUCCAAGAUCAAACAAAUCACCAACAAGCUUCUGGAUCCAUCGCCGGGAGUCUACACUCAGUACAAACCAUUCAUCAGCAAGGACAAAGCAUUCAUUAAAAAGAUUCUUUUGGGAAUCAAAACCGAACGACCAUCGUCAGUGCAGUCCGCUCUACUGCGCCGUCACCUGCUGGAACUAACGCAAAGCUUUAUGAUUCCGUUGGAACGUUACAUGGCUUCCCUGAUGCCACUACAAAAAGAUAUCUCACCCUUCAAAUCCGCUCCACAGCCGAAUCCGUUCAAGCAGGAGGACUUCCUAGCCACCCUGGAGGAAUGCGGCCCACAGUUAACCUCAAGUUGCAAAGGCGACUGGGAAGGGCUGUACAAGCGCUUCUUUAGUGCUCCCAACUUUAAGGGUUGGUACGAUACGCGCUACUUCGAGCUACAGCAAACGCUGCAGGCCCUGCACAUGCAAACCCUGUCGGAGUCCAAUCUCACCGAGUGGGUCAAGGAUAAGCACGAGGUCGAGAUAGUCGACAUGAUCUUGCGGCUGCGGCAGAAGUUGACCCUGUGCACCAGCAGCCAGAUGGCGGCCCUGCCGGUGCCACUUAACACUAAGGAUACUCGCGAACAGCUGCUCAGGCAUCUGGACAGCAUGAAGCGCUGCCUGCCGGAUGAUUUGAAGCUGAUUUUAAACAAUAUCUGAUGAAGAUGUUAUUUUUUUUUAAAAGAAUUUGCUUAGCAACAAAAUAUACAUCUGUAGGCUAAUUGCGAACAGUUUUAGUUUCGAAA